AUGACUUCAAAUGAUAAUGGUGGAGUUGAAGAAGAGAAAUCAAACGGAUGUAGAGUCAAACCUAUAGUCAAUCUUCAUAUUGAAACCUCUCGCAGGGGACUUCUUAGGGAUGAAGGUUCUCAAACUCGGGGGGAUAGUACUGCUACAACUCCUACUCCUCUAACCAAUAGAACCCCAAGUUUCCUUGUAUUUGGCAAUUUAGGUACUCCAACUGCAAAAUUCCAAAGAAUAGCCCAAGAAAGAGACGAUUUCUCACGCACAGUUCCCUCAAGUGCAAGUCAAGCAAUUCGUGAUCGCUUCACUCGAGUCUUCUCCAAGAAAAUUGACUGGAUUUCCCUCCAAAAAUUAGCCAAAGAGUGGAUAAGAAACCCCAUGAACAUGGUUCUCUUAAUCUGGAUCAUAGUUGUUGCUAUCUCAGGUGCAAUCCUCUUUCUUGUCAUGACAGGUAUGUUAAACCACGUCCUUCCAAGAAAGACUCAAAGAGACGCUUGGUUUGAAGUCAACAACCAAAUCUUAAAUGCCCUUUUUACCCUCAUGUGUCUUUACCAACAUCCCCAAAGGCUUUACCACCUUGUACUCCUCAUAAGAUGGAAACCAGAAGACAUUUCAAAAUUAAGAAAAUUAUACUGCAAAGAUGGAACCUAUAAACCUCAUGAAUGGGCCCACAUGUUGGUUGUUGUCUUGUUGCUUAACCUAAACUGUUUUGCACAGUACGCGUUAUGUGGUCUCAAUGUCGGGUACAGGAGAUCAGAAAGACCAGCACUCGGAGUCGGAAUCACCAUUUCCGUAGCGAUCGGUGCUCCCGCAAUCGCUGGUGUGUAUUCUGUCGUGAGCCCCCUCGGAAAGGAAUACGAUUCCGUUCCUUCCGAUGAAGAAUCGCAACUCAAACCGGAAAGCAACCGAGGGAAGUCUUUCGAAAGAAGAUUCUCAUUCACCCCAAAAGACGACAGCACAAUCGAAACUAGUCCGAAAUGGAGCGGGGGUAUUUUCGACUUUUGGCAAGAUAUCUCAUUAGCAUACCUCUCGUUGUUUUGUAGUUUUUGUGUUUUCGGAUGGAAUAUGGAGCGACUUGGAUUUGGAAACAUGUAUGUUCACAUCGCAACAUUUCUUUUGUUUUGUUUGGCGCCUUUUUGGAUUUUUAAUUUGGCUGCGAUAAAUAUCGAUAAUGAGACAGCAAGAGAGGCAUUGGGGAUUACGGGGAUAUUUCUGUGUGUGUUUGGGUUGCUUUAUGGUGGGUUUUGGAGGAUUCAAAUGAGAAAAAGAUUCAAUCUGCCACCUUCUGAUUCCUGUUGUGGGAAACCUGCUGUUACUGAUUGUGCAUUGUGGCUUUUCUGUUGCUGGUGUACACUUGCUCAGGAAGUCCGGACUGGAAACAUGUAUGACAUUAAAGAGGAUAAGUUUUAUAAGAAACCUGCGGAGGAGGUUGCCUUUCCGAUUCCGUUAUCAACUCUGCCACAAGAACAGGAAUCUGGAUUCCAUUCCGGUCCCAGUUCUCCACCUCAGAAUAGCUCUGCCAGGCAGCCAUCAGAUGCGGAGGAUGUUCAUUCGAGAGGUAAAGAUGUAACUCUGGAACCACCGAUUCCAUCUUUAAUACAUAGAGAAGACAAUUGA